AUCCCCUAGGGUUGAUUUAACUGGAUCAUGCUUCAAUUCUUUUACUAGUUUGUCAGUGGAGAACAUCGAGGGGACUCCAGUGUACAGCUUGCUGUCUCAGAAUCCCAAUGGUGGUUUUUAUAUGGCAGGAUUCAGAAUAAAAUGUACUGAUACUGUCCUUAGAUCCAACGGCUACUCGAGUUAUACCCUAAACGUGAGUGUAGAAGAUGUCGUAGACGAUGACGUACUAACAACACUUUAUGACACCUUUACCGUGACCAUUUCUGGUUUACCAACUACAACAUCUACUACACCGACUACAACGGCGACCUCGACUACAACGGCUGCAAUCGACGUGCCAAUAGAAUUCACAUCGCCGAAUUACACGACAUAUUAUGUUUGCGAAUCGGAUCAAGCCGACGAGGAGGUCGUUGCCUUGGCAGCGAAGCGGGGAGAUACUUUCGAUGGGUUUUCAUUUAGUAUCGUAUCACCGCAAACCAAGUUUAAAAUAAAUAACGAUACGAAACUGGUAGUGGCGGGGAAUAAUUCUUUUGACGCAGAAUCUGGAGAAACGUCAUACAAUCUCACUCUGAAAGUUGUUCUUGCCUCAGAUUCAACAAAAUCAGCUACCGUGAAUAUUACAAUAAUAGUCGACGAUGUCAACGACAAUUAUCCAGUAUUUUCGAAUCUUUCCUACAGUUUUGCCAUAUUAGAAGGGUCGCCAGCUGGAAACACCAUUGGUUUAGUGUCAGCCACAGACGCAGAUGCCACGGCCCCUAAUAACGUGACUUUCUUUCAAAUAAACGGAACAGCGGAAUUUAAAAUCUCCAACAAAGGUGCGAUAACAAUAGCUAGCAACGUCUCGCUAGACUAUGCAAAACAAUCGAGUUAUUCAUUUACGGUAACGGCAACAGAUGGCGGGACAGACGGUUCGGAAUUGAACAGCUCGGUCAACGUACAAGUAACAAUAGAAACUCGUCCGAAGUUUGCUUAUGAAGGUGUUAUAAACGCAUCCAUCAGCGAGGACAUCGGUCAGCAAGCAUUCGUGUUGUCUAUCUCUGCCUCCGACAGUGAUCGAUCUCCUAAUCCCAAUUUAAUGUUUGACUUAUCGGCGGCACCUACAGUUGCAUCUAUGUUCAAACUGAAUGGCAGUAAUCUGACAACAGCUGACAGCACGUUUGAUUUCGAAAACCAGACAUUUUAUCCUUUUAUUGUUGGAGCAUCAGAUGGCAAAUACUUCAAGUAUCAUAUCCUGCAAAUAUUUGUAUUGGACGUGAACGAACCUCCACGAUUUAACUCUUCGGUAUUCACAGCAAUGGUUCCUGACAAUUUACUCGGUGGUGCAAUCGUUACUACAGUCGUAGCAACGGAUCCUGAUUCCACGGCACCGAAUAACACUAUCUUGUCGUACAACAUAAACGGUUCAUCGGAAUUACGAAUCUCUAACGAGGGAGUAAUUACUUUGCAGAACGGCUUUUCGCUAGAUUAUCGAAACACACCGUAUAAUUUGAUUGUAACGGCAACAGAUGGCGGGACCAACGGUUCGGCUUUGACUGGCACAGCUUCCGUGAUAGUACAUAUUGAAUCUGUUCCCAAGUUCUCCGCGUCGCAUGUAAGAACCGCUUUAAUUCGCGAGGACAUUAGCAAGCAGUCGUCUGUGAUGUCUCUCACGGCCAGCGACAGUGAUGCAGCUCCUAACACCACAUUGAUGUUUGACAUUGUGUCACAAACACCCACAUCUCCUGUUAUGUUCAAAGUGAUUGGCACUACUCUCACGACGUCUAACGAAACGUUUGAUUACGAAAAUCAGACAUUAUAUUCUGUUGUCGUUAGAGCAUACGGCGGCAAGUAUGACAGCACACUUUCUCUGAAUAUCUCUGUGGAUGAUGUAAACGACAAUCCUCCGCGCUUUAACUCUUCUGUAUUUACUAAAUCGAUAGUUGAAAACUUCACGAUCGAUGGUGUUGUGGUCAGAGUCGCAGCAAGUGAUAAUGACGCCACGCCAGAAUUCGCUAACACGUCGUAUUCGAUCAGUGCCGGCAAUGAAAACAAUACAUUUUUAAUUGACAAAGACACAGGGGACAUUAAAUUACAAUCCGUUCCCUUGCAACAGAGAUAUAAUUUAACGGUGAAGGCACAAGACAAAAACAAAAAUUCAUUGUCGUCUGAAACCAAUUUAACAAUAAUUGUGGAUGGAGGUGUUGUCAAUGAGUGUGUAUCGAAUCCCUGCCAAAAUAAUGGUACAUGCACUUCUUUUGUGAACAACUACCUGUGUACAUGCCAGCAAGGAUGGACAGGGAUACGAUGUGAAACAAACGUGCCAAUAGAAUUCACAUCGCCGAAUUACACGACAUAUUAUGUUUGCGAAUCGGAUCAAGCCGACGAGGAAGUCGUUGCCUUGGCAGCGAAGCGGGGAGAUACUUUCGAUGGGUUUUCAUUUAGUAUCGUAUCACCGCAAACCAAGUUUAAAAUAAAUAACGAUAAGAAACUUGUAGUGGCGGGGAAUAAUUCUUUUGACGCAGAAUCUGGAGAAACGUCAUACAAUCUCACUCUGAAAGUUGUUCAUGCCUCAGAUUCAACAAAAUCAGCUACCGUGAAUAUUACAAUAAUAGUCGACGAUGUCAACGACAAGUAUCCAGUAUUUUCGAAUCUUUCCUACAGUUUUGCCAUAUUAGAAGGGUCGCCAGCUGGAAACAUCAUUGGUUUAGUGUCAGCCACAGACGCAGAUGCCACGGCUCCUAAUAACGUGACUUCCUUUCAAAUAAACGGAACAGCGGAAUUUAUAAUCUCCAACAGAGGUGCGAUAACAAUAGCUAACAAUGUCUCGCUAGAAUAUGCAAAACAAUCGAGGUAUUCAUUUACGGUAACGGCAACAGAUGGCGGGACAGACGGUUCGGAAUUGAACAGCUCGGUCAACGUACAAGUAACUAUAGAAACUCUUCCGAAGUUUGCUAAUGGAGAUGUUACACAUGCAUCCAUCCGCGAGGACAUCGGUCAGCAAGCAUUCGUGUUGUCUUUCUCUGCCUCCGACAGCGAUCGAUCUCCUAAUCCCAAUUUAAUUUUUGACUUAUCGGCGGCACCUACAGUUGCAUCUAUAUUCAAACUGAAUGGCAGUAAUCUGACAACAGCUGACAGCACGUUUGAUUUCGAAAACAAGACAGCUUAUACUUUUGCUGUUCGAGCAUCAGAUGGCAAAUACGAAGAAAGUCAUGUUCUGCAAAUAUUUGUAUUGGACGUGAACGAACCUCCACAAUUUAACUCUUCGUUAUUCAUAGCAAAGGUUCCUGACAAUUUACUCGGUGGGGCAAUCGUUACUACAGUGGUAGCAACGGAUCCUGAUUCCACGGCACCGAAUAACACUAUCUUGUCGUACAACAUAAGCGGUUCAUCGGAAUUACGAAUCUCUAACAAGGGAGAAAUUACUUUGCAGAACGGCUUUUCGCUAGAUUAUCGAAACACACCGUAUAAUUUGAUUGUAGCGGCAACAGAUGGCGGGACCAACGGUUCGGCAUUGACUGGCACAGUUUCCGUGAUAGUAAAUAUUGAAUCUGUUCCCAAGUUCUCCGCGUCGCAUGUAAGAACCGCUUUAAUUCGCGAGGACAUUAGUAAGCAGUCGUCUGUGAUGUCUCUAACGGCCAGCGACAGAGAUGCAGCUCCUAACCCCACAUUGAUGUUUGACAUUGUGUCACAAACACCCACAUCUCCUGUUAUGUUCAAAGUGAUUGGCACUACUCUCACGACGUCUAACAAAACUUUUGAUUUCGAAAAUCAGACAUUAUAUUCUGUUGUCGUUAGAGCAUACGACGGCAAGUAUGACAGCACACUUUCUCUGAAUAUCUCUGUGGAUGAUGUAAACGACAAUCCUCCGCGCUUUAACCCUUCUGUUUUUACUAAAUCGAUAGUUGAAAACUUCACGAUCGAUGGUGUUGUGGUCAGAGUCGCAGCAAGAGAUGAUGACGCCACGCCAGAAUUUGCUAAAACGUCGUAUUCGAUUAGUGCCGGCAAUGAAAACAAUACAUUUUUAAUUGACAAAGACACAGGCGACAUCAAAUUACAAUCCGUUCCCUUGCAACAGAGAUAUAAUUUAAUGGUGAAGGCACAAGACAAACACAAAAACUCAUUGUCGUCUGAAACCAAUUUAACAAUAAUUGUGGAUGGAGGUGUUGUCAAUGAGUGUGUAUCGAAUCCCUGCCAAAAUAAUGGUACAUGCACUUCUUAUGUGAACAACUACCUGUGUACAUGCCAGCAAGGAUGGACAGGGAUACGAUGUGAAACAAAUAUCAACGAAUGCGAAGGUGUUGUCUGUGACAACAACGGAACGUGUGUUGAUCACAUAAACAGUUUCAAGUGUAACUGUUCUGCCGGAUGGAAGGGUACACUUUGCAAGGAAGCUUGUACUAAUAAUACAUAUGGUCGAAACUGUGCACAAGAAUGUCAAUGCGAACCAGCAAAGCUCCCGGCCGAUGUUGGGUUUCCGACGUGCGACAUUGUCACGGGUCAUUGUAAGUGCUCAAAGUUCUGGACUGGAGCAGCUUGCGAAACGGACGUCAACGAAUGUUACAUGGUCCCUGAUCCGUGCAAUAUAAAAGAAAAAAACAGAGUGUGUAAAAACACAAUACCGAAAUUCGAUUGUGUCUGCAAAUAUGGUUUUAUAGAAACGAAUUCUACUUGCAUUGAAGCACCUAAGAAUUGUGGAACAGUGAAUGAGAACAGUAAAAACGUAACAUUUAACUUAGACCUGACUCCCAAUUGCAACUUCUCAUACCUGAGUUGUAAGGAGGAACACCUUAACAAUGCAAAUAAAACCUGUUUGCAAUUGCGGUAUGCUGAUAGUUGUGAAGUGUGUGAUGUGAGGGAGGGUUCACUAGUGGUGGAGUUGAACGUGGUAGUGGACAAAAAUCCUACGAAAAUGGCUCAAUUUGCACAAGAACUCCAAAGUAUACGUGACGGCAAGGAGGAGAUAGUAUACGGAGACAAAACAUACACCAUCCAAUCUAUAUAUGUUUCGACUAUUCCUCUGAACCGAACUAAAGCUGGUAACGACACAAAUAAACAUCUCUGUGAAGUAUACGCCAUUAUUGCGCAGUGUAACUCGUGUGAAGUGGACAAAGACACAAACCUUACGUACUGCAAGGAAAAAAAGCAAGGUACGUGUAAUUUGUGCGAUUGUUUAGUUUAGAAUCUAUAAUCAAGUUGACUCUUCG